GCCGCCAUGGUGCGCCAACGCAACGGGCACAAGCUGCUAGUGGCGCUCGUUGGCGACAGCCUGUUAGAGCCCUUCUGGCCCAUGGGGACUGGCAUAGCCCGAGGUUUCCUGGCAGCCAUGGACUCGGGCUGGAUGGUGAAGAGCUGGGCCCAGGGAAAAACCCCUCUCGAGGUGCUGGCUGAGAGGGAGAGCAUAUACCGCCUUCUGCCUCAGACCACACCAGAAAAUGUCAGUAAGAACUUCAGUCAGUACAGUGUGGAUCCUACAACUCGUUACCCCAACAUAAGCCUCAACUUCCUCAAACCUAGCCAAGUGCGGCACCUGUUCGACACGGGGGAGUGCAGGGAAGUUCGCAUCGAAAUCGAGAAUGUGAUCAACUCAUCGACCCCCAAGUUGGCCAGGAAUGACAACUGCCUGCUUGACAAGCAGUUGCAAGAAUCCAUAGCUCGGUCCAGUAAGCUGCUCAACUGGUGCCAGAGGCAAACAGAGGGCUACAGGAAUGUUAAUGUGACAGACCUCACCAUGUCUUGGAAGAGCGGCCUGGCCCUUUGUGCCCUGAUUCACAGAUACAGGCCUGAUCUUAUCGACUUUGAUUCUCUGGAUGAACGAGACCAGGAGAAGAACAACCAGUUAGCUUUCGACGUGGCAGAGAGGGAAUUUGGCAUCUCACCAUGCAUGACGGGCAAGGAGAUGUCCUCUGUGGUGGAGCCAGACAAACUCUCUAUGGUCAUGUACCUCAGUCAGUUCUAUGAGAUGUUUAAGGACACAGUGCCACCUGGAGAUAACCAAAAUCUGAGUCCAGAAGAGAAGGCUGCGUUGAUAUCGAGCACAAAGUCUCCCAUAUCUUUCCUCAGCAAGCUGGGUCAGAGCAUAGCAAUCUCCAGAAAACGAAACCCCAAGGACAAAAAAGAGAAGGAUUUAGACGGGAAGAGAAGGAAAACCAGCCAGUCUGAAGAUGACGAGGUAUCGAGGACCAAUCGUGACGACAGGCCAUCUGUUCCUGCGAUCCUGUCGGAGAGAAAAACGGACUCUGCUGCUGUGGGGAACAACAACAAAGUGAAGGUCAUGGCCACCCAGCUGCUUGCUAAGUUUGAGGAGAACGCUCCCACUCAGCCUACAGGACUCAAACGACAGGGGGACUCGCUGCCCAAUCUGGACCGUCUUUUGCCCCCUUCCCCACCCCCUGUGAAAGAGCCAGUGCGUCUGGCACCUGUCCCAGCAUGGAGAAAGGGCUCGCUCAGGAAAGAAUUCCCCGUCAACAUCGGAGGCAGCGACGUUUGUUUCUUCUGCCGAAAACGCGUGUACGUGAUGGAAAGGCUGAGUGCCGAGGGGAAGUUCUUCCAUCGCAGCUGUUUCAAGUGCGACUACUGCGGCACGACUCUACGGCUGUCCUCUUACGCGUUUGACGUCGAGGACGGUAAGCUUUCCAAAUGGUUUCAGCCCCACGUGUGCUUAUAUUCCAUUAACUACAAGGUGAAAUAG